GUUUCGACCUCCGCUUACGCCCUGAUUCAUCGAUUUCGUAGCUGGUCAGCUGGUCGUUCAAUUGCUGUCUGACAACUUGAAAACUUUGAUCAAUCGCUUCAAGACUUCGCUUCAAUCUUUACUUACGGUGGCACUAAGGUGACUGCUGUUUCACAUCAAACCCAACAAAAGGGCUAACAUCUUUCACUGCCGUGAUAAACAGCGAGUCCUGCUUGAGACAUUUCCGCCUUCACUACUGGUGAUUACACGAUGUGAGAUCAAGUAUUGUGGUAAGAUUACUGAUUCUUUUUUCUGUUUAUGUCUGCUGAUGUUAUUUUCGUGCACCUGGUGGCUCACUAUCAAAGAUUUACUGGACAAGUGCAAUACAUCAUUGGGAAUUGUUUUUCAAAUGGGCAAUAACAGUGUUAAUUUGAUUUUGCCUUUACAAAUCACUAGAAAUUAUGAUGAUCAAAUUUCAUUUCGCAGUUUACCGAUUGUUUGUGUGUGAUACAUGCCUUUGUUGGAACAAGUAAAAAUUCACAGUAGUUAAGUUAGGGUGCAUGUGAACUGUAUCAUUUAGAGGAGAAUGUAAACGAACUGCUACGUAAUCGUAAAUUGGUGCGUUCGUAUUUGUAUCUCGACUCUUGUACCAAAAAUGCCCUCCAAGGAAAGAGUUAAGUUUCAUGUAUUUUCACGCAAUGGCCUACAGCUUGUUGUGGUUAUUCACCGCGGUGGCUACUCCAGUAAUGAAAAAUGUUAUUAUUUGUCUGAUGAAGUCGUCAAUUUCAAUGUAGGAUCGCAGUGUUGAUGCGCCUCACUUUUAUUUAAUCAGUUUACUCCGCUCAAGACGCACUCUCUAUACAAUAGUCUCCUAAAUAAGUUAUCUUCGUAAGAAAUUCUUCGUUGCUUGUUUUCAGGGAAGGCGACUGAGCAUUGUGCAUCGUUCGAUCUUGCAUCGGCGACCACAUCAAUAAAGCAGUGUAAGUAAAAGAGUAAAUGAAGACCAUAGUGUUCUUGAUGAUGUAAUUACGCCUAUUUUUAGAAUUGAAACCAAAAACAUCAGUACCCUAGAAUUAAUUUUUCUUCCUCGUUUCUGUGCGGGAUGGAAUAGUUUCUGGAAUAUGUAAGGUAUUUUUUACCGAUUUCCUGUCGUGAAUGGCGCAGUUUUCCAUCCAACUACGCAUUUGAAAACGACACAUGUUGGGUGAUGCAUGCAAUUUCCGUGACAGGCCUUAAUGUGAUAUGUUAGGUCACGCGAUGUUUCACCACGUCGGGCGUAAAAUAAUUGUAACCGUUUACGGUCGUUUUCAUAUAGGGUGAUUCAGCACAAGCGGAAAUUGAUUCGAUACAUCGACUAAUUCGAUCCGAUACGCGUAGAAAGUCGUUUCGGCACAACUUCAGUCACAUGAUGUAGAUACAAACUUGUAAAGGUUUAUCAUCCAAACAUCUAAAUUAAUUAUUUAUCCUUUUUAAAAUGUUGUUAUUUCCCAUCUCGUAAUUCCACCCUGUACAUUUCUUCUUAUCCUCCAUUCACUAUUCCCAGGCUCCAAACGAACCAUAACUAUUGUGCUGACCAAGUACUUUCAGUUUCGACCUCCGCUUACGCCCUGAUUCACCGAUUUCGUAGCUGGUCAGCUGGUCGUUGAAUUGCUGUCUGAAAACUUGGAAACUUUGAUAAAUCGCUUCAAGACUUUAAUCUUUACUUACGGUGGCGUUGAGGUGACUGCUGUUUCACAUCAAACCCAACAGAAGGACCAACAUCUUGCACUGUAGUGAUAAACAGAGUCCUGGUUGAGAAAAAUCCGCCUUCGCUACUGGUGAUUACACGAUUUGAGAUCAAGUAUUGUGGUAAGAUUACUGAUUCUUUUUUCUGUUUAUGUCUGCUAAUAUUGUUUCCAUGCACUUGGUAGCUCACUACCAAAGAUUUACUUGACAAGUGCAGGACCUCCCUGGGAAUUAUUUUUCAAAUGAGCAAUAACAAUGUUAAUUUGAUUUUGCCUUUACAAAUCUCUAGAAAUAACGAUGAUCAAAAUUCAUUUCGCGGUUUACCGAUUGUUUGUGCUCGAUGCAUGCCUCUGUUGGAACAAGUGAAAAAUCACAGUAGUUUAGUUAGGGUGCAUGUGAACUGAAUUAUUGAGUAAAGAAUGUAAAACGACCUGCUACGUAAUCGUAACUUGGCACGUUCAUAUUUGAAAUUCCCGACUCUUGUAACAAAAAUGCACUCCAAGGAAAGGGUUAAGUUUCAUAUAUUGUCACGUAUUGGCGUACAGCUUGUUGUGGUUAUUCACGGUCGUGACUACUUCAGCAGUAAAGUAUUUAUUGUUUGUCUGAUAAAGUCGUCACUUUCUACGUAGGAUCUUACCGCUGAUGCGCCUCACAUUAAUCCAAUCAGUUCGCUCUGCGCGCUCAAGAGGCACUCUCCAUACAAUCACAAACAAACAGACGAACAAACAAUAGUCUCUGAAAUCGGUUAUCUUCUCAAGAAAUUUUUCGUCACUUGUUUUCUAGGAAGGCGACUGAACAUUUUGCAUCGUUCGAUCUCGCAGGGGCGACCACAUCAACUAGGCUCUGUACGUAAUAGAAGACCUUCGUGUUCUUAAUGAUGUAAUCACGCUUAUUUUAAGAAUUGAAACCAAAAAAAUCAGCAUCGUAUCAUUUAUUUUUUUCCUCGUUUCUGUGCGGGAUGGAAUAGUUUCUGGAAUAUAUAAGGUAUUUUUUCAUGGAUUUCUUGUCGUGAAAUGGCACAGUUUUCCAUACAACUACGCAUUUGGAAACGACACAUGUUCAGCGAUGAUUGCAAUUUGCUUGACAGGCUGUAAUGGGAGAUGUUUGGUCACGCGAUUUUACCACGCCGUGCGUAAAAUAAUUGUAACUGUUUUCGGUCGUUUCCAUACAAAGCUGAAGUUGAUUCGAUACAUCGAUUUAGUCGAUCCGAUACACGCAGAAAGUCGUUUCGAUGCAACUUUAGUCACAUGAUUUCGAUACAGACUAGUGAAGGUACUCUGUAUCUCUGUAAAAGCGGGUCAGGGCAUUUCGCAUCGGAAAAAAAUUUUGCCUCAAAUUUUGCCCAUUGAAUUAUCUUUGGUAGCUAGUAAAUAAAACCACAUUGGUUUCUGGAGAUACAUUAGAAAAUUUUUUUAUAUGAUAUUCGAUACGUUUUGUUCAUCUUUUUCGUCACAAGACAGAAUCGUUUGCCAGAUUUUAGCCGUUUAAAUUUUUUGAGAAUCAAUCGGUGUGUUCUAAAAGCUCAAUCCUACUAUCUUUCCUUUUCAAAAUUGUUUCAAUCUGAAAUUUAUGAGGCUACUAAUGAAGAACGGUCGGAGUUUGUUCAACAGACUAAUUUGCAUAAUUUUGCUGUCACGCUAGCAAAAUUACCAAAAGUUUGAAGUCACUACGGCGAAGGAAAUUAAUAAGUGCAAGAUGUUUUUACAUUUCUAUGCUUUCGAACAUCUUAUCAGAGGAAGUAAACCGGAGUUUUUAAUGGUCCGUCUGGACUUAAGAAAUAUCACCCAAGAAAGAAAGAGUACUUUUGACCAAUUUCAGAAAGCUAUCUAACGAGUGUUUUUUAAUAAAUUAUGGCAAACCUCUGUAUAAACACAUAUCAGAAUUGAAAUACUUUCCAAACCCCUUAGACAUCACACAAUAGAUAGGAACACAAUCGAUUUCUUGCUGCAUGUAGUGUGUUAUGAGGAGCGAGCUUGUCAACUUUUGAAAAUUUUCGAUGUCUCAAGAGGUCAAAAAAGGGCCUUUUGCAGCUUUGAUUAUUGAGAGCUCUCUUCAAGUUUUUUUAACGUAUUUCAAGAAACCAACGUGGUUCUAUUUACUACCUACCAAAGAUAUCUUAAUGGGAAAAGUAUGAGGCAAAACUUUUUCCAAUGCGAGAUGCCCUGGACCGCUCUUACAGAGAUCGCUACUUAAGAAGUGGGGAGAAACACGAGACGUAGUUGUAAAGCCGCUUCCUGCUUGCUUUGCAACAGAACAGAGCAAAGUCAAGGUCUCUAUUUGUUAAUUAGAAUGUUCAGGACUGUUACAAAAUUUGCCAGAAUGUUCCAUGAGCCUGGUUUCAUGAAUGGUCCUUAAACCCAGCGCUUUAUCCUCCCUCCUUUACCCUCUACUUUGUUUUAUUGAUUUUAUAACUGAUUGAUUUGAAAUUGAUUUAUCAAUUAAUUGAUUAACGCCCUUUAAGGUUACUUCCCACCUUCAAAGGCCGAAAAAAAAUUGUUUUUUCUUUUAUUUGACUAAACGGAAUUAAAACAUUUUACCUGUCCAAGAAAAAAAAUCCCCAAAAGCACCCGAGUUAUUUAGAAAAACGUAAUUUCAAAUAAAAGUUAAUAAUCAGGAAGGUGUCAUAAUCUCGUACCUGGGCGAGUACCCUAAGGGAAUUUCCGCGGCAACCGCUCAUCUUGGGGCUCGUUUUGUCUACAUCGCGCAUUUGACAAAAUUCACACGUGGAAGCUCUUUGCAUAGAUGUCGUAAAUGAUCUCGCGACAAACAAUCACACUCUCGGCUGGAAUUCUCUGGCGUCAGCUCUUAGCGUCUCUCCUCUCCUUCGUUCAGGUCUGUUGCAGGUUAAUUCAAGAGGAUAAAGCAGCUGCAGUGGUAUCUCUAUGAGUGUCUUCCCAGCUUAUAGCUGCGCCCCUCUUAUCAUUCUAUCCCGACCUUGAAUCAGGUGUUCCACCACACCAAUCUUCCAUUUGCCUCUGUUACGCCCCUCUCCCUUGAUAGGCAUUACGUCUUCUUCUUUCAAGGUAGCUUCUUUCGUUUGAUGGUUGAGACUGUGACGCUCUCUUAGGGCCUUUAGGUGCUUGAUUGUCCAUCUUUUCCAUAGGACGUCCUUCCAUUUCCGUAGGUACUUGGCGCGUUUUCUGAGGUAAUAAUUUCAACGUUGGUUGGUUCCUCUGAAGGAAUUUGAUUUGGCUGUCCAAAUAGCAUAGGGUUAGGGGUCAAAACUGCAUUUAAAUAUCGUCUUCUAUAUAACCAAGAAGUUGUUGUUAAGGGUUGUCUCCACAUCCAAGAUGACCCCUUCCAAUUCAUGCCAGUGCAGGUGACCGUUUCCGAUUGCUUCGUACAUACUCUGCUUCAUGAUGCCAAUCAAUCUUUCGAACUGACCGUCCCAUCAUGGAGCUCUUUUGAGAUUACACUGCCACUGGAUGUUUUGCUUGGCUAGCCAGUCGAACUUUCUUUAGCUAUUUGGAUGCUGAAACGUAGGUUCUCCCAUUAUCGGAGAAGAUUUUCUCUGGCCGCCCUCGUCUCGCCAUGAAACGUUUCAGACUGCGCAACAAGUGUUCCGUUGUUUAAACUGGUAGUAGAUCCAAAUAGACGGCACGGGUUGAGCUGUAUGCAUGAAGUAGAAUGCAUGGCUUCAUCUCGCUUUUAUUCUUGCUGAAGUACUUGAUGGGCCCAGCAAAGUCGACUCCGAUUGACUUGAAGGGCACUGAUCCUUCUGUUCUUUUCUUGGGUAGGUUUCCAGUCGGUGGGUUUGCUAGGGCGGUUACUUGAAAGCGUUUACACCCAGGGCACUCAUUUAUCACUCUCUUUGUAAGUCUUCUAAGGGGAGGUAUCCAAUAUUUCUCUCGUAUCUUCGCGAUUGUCAAACUGACUCCCUCAUGGAGAGUCUGAAGUUGGGCGCGCAAUACCAACCUUUUGCUGAACAAAGCAUCAUCCGAAGGUAAAUGGGGUAGUCUCCCUGGAUAAGCCCUCUACAUUCGUACAGUUUAUCUGCGUUCUUCUGGAGAUUUAGACGUUGCUGAUCUUCCUGAAAACCGCUCGUAUCUUGGCAUCUGACAUGUGUCCCUUUUUCCCAGAACUUCUUCAGCCUACUAGUUUCUUGAGUAGUGAUUGGUCCGGUGAUUCUUUGCUGGUGUUUGGCUCUGCAGUUUCGAAUAAAGCGCGAAACCUACCACUCGUCUCGGAUGGUUGUCCAUAGGUCCCAUUUCUGCAUCAGCUCAUCAUGUCCUUCAUUUGUUUCAAUGGUGACUGCUAGUACUUCCCUGAUGACUGUGGCCUCAGCUUGCGUCUCUCUGGUUUGACAUGUCACAUUAUCUGGAGGCCACUGUUGCUGAUGUGCUAACCAUAGCGGUCUACCACAGGUCUGUUGUCUCGAAUAAAUGACCACCUCGGCUUCCGAGAUCAGCAGGGUUGUCUGUCGUUCCAACGUUUCGCCAACGGAUGUAAUUCUUGUCCUGAUCUUUCGAACUCUAUUUCUCACAAAUUGUUUGUAAUUUCCACCCCCUUUAAUCCAUUGUCUGGCUACACUGCUGUCGAGCCAACCAUACAUGCUCCUGAUUGUAAAUCCUUGUAGAGCUUCCUUCAAUUUGUCCUCAACAUUGGUUGCCAUGUACCCAGCGACUAACCCGAGCCUUAGUGUGGUUACACCUUUCUUCGUCAGUCUGCAUGAAGGUCGAUACUUAAGAUUUCUUCCCGGUAUUCGACAAGGCUUCUUUGGAAUUCUACUUUUCUAGUCAGCAUUCUUUCCCAGUUCUCCCACGUGUUCUUUACCUCUCUGGGAAGAUCACGGUCCCAAGGUACUCGGGCGUCGCAUAUUUCUCUGUACAGCAUCUUUCCAGCCAAGGUGACGGGUGAAGCUAAUCCUAAAUGGUCGUAUAUCUUAGAUAUCUUCCUGAGGAUUUCGAUCUUGGUUACUUUGACGAUUGGGGCAGGAAAGGCAACUUUUAUUGAGUCCACUGCUUUGUUCCACGGUGCGCCUAGCAGUUUGGUUUCCCACGUCUUUACACCCACAUGGUACUUGGCGAAGAUUUGACCUGUAUCUAGCACAGUAGUUGGUUGUUGUCCCGCUGUUUCCUCCGCGGGCGUGGCAAGGCUGUGACUUGCUUCCUAUUGAGUGGUUGAAUUUUCUUCUGCCACUUUCUCUGAGGAUGGUGGCUCUUCUAGGGAUGGCAGAUUUGAAUGCCAUUUGUGCAGCUGGAAUCUCUCUUCUCUGAAAAUAGCUUGGGCUGCUUUUUUCUCGACCACAGUUGUUACACCAGUAAUCAGGUCGUCAACAUGGAGGCUCCGUUUAACUUCUUCGACUUCGUUUGGGAAGUUCUGCUGAAGGUUUCGCAGGUGCUGAUCUAUAACUCCUCCAAGAUGGAAUGGUGAUGUGGACAGCCCGAAUAGUACUCGUGAGAAUCUGAGUGACUCCGCAUGCUUGGUCUCUUUGGGGGUGCCUUUGAACUUUGUAAUAACCAAUUUUGGCAGCUUGGCGUUGAUGUUUUGAUCUUUUUCUCGUCGAUUUUCUUCUCAUAUUUAAGUUUCUGCUCUAGUUUGGUUUUCUAGAACUUCAUAUCAUCGUCGAAUUUCUUCUUUUUCUGUUUUUCGGCUCGCUUUUCUUCUUCCUUCGCUGUCGUUUCCAUUUCGGCACUCCUUAAUUCUUUAAUCGCUAACUCGAUGUCAUUGAUGGCUUUCUCAAAUUCGCUCAUUCUUUCUUCCAAUUUGCGCGCUGCAUUCUAAAAUGUCCUCCUUAUCUUCUUCGGCUUCAAAACUAUUUUCUUGAAUGUUUAUCUUGAGGUUGUGAACUUCAUCGACUUUCUUUUUCAACGUGUUACGCAAUCUGUCCGCGGACGUGAUGUUCUUCUUCUCAAUCGCGGUGACCAAUUGCCCCAUCGUAAUCUUGAGGAUUUCUAGCUUCGCGUCCAUUGCCUUAGAUAGCCGUUCGCUUGUUUUGGUCAUGAUGCUUGGUUUGUCCUGGCGGGGUUGUCACUUUUGUCGUAAAUGAUCUCGCGACAAACAGUAACACUGGUUUCAUGUACAGUAACUCCGAUCUCACAAUCAAUCAACCCAAAUCACCUAUCAUAAUAUAUCUGCACUACGUCACGAACCAAUCAACAAAUGCAAUGUAAAGCUUCGAUCUCAAGCGAGUCCUACUUGAGAAAUUUCCGCCUUCGCUGCAGGCGAUUACACGAUGUGAGAUCAAGUAUUCUGGCAAGAUUACUGAUUCUUUUGUCUGUUUACGUCUGCUAAUGUUUCCAUAUAAGGUGAUUCGAAACAAGUUUAAGUUGAUUCGAUACAUUCAUUAAGUCUAAUAUUUUGCCCCCCGAAGGAAUUUUUUUGUCGCAUUGCUGCGAUUAUUUGUUCCCCGAAGGGAGUUUGCGUCUCCCGAAGGAGGUUUUGUGUCGCAUUGCUGCGAUUAUUUGCUCCCCGAAGGAAAUUACCGCUGUCUCGAAAGACAAGUUUUGCUCUUCAAAGGGAAUUCUUCGACGCUCUAAAAGCGUUCUUGUUCGCCACACGGUGUGCAAUGAGCCAUCGCAAGUACUAGGAAGCACGAAAAGUCCAACUGUCAUGGACGCUAAACAAACACUUAAUGCCAAACAUUCAACGGCGAGAAAAAAUCCCAAGAACGUCAAAGAACUUUAAAGAUACCUGAUGAAAAAACACUUGACACAUUACUUGAAAGCUGUCUGAUUUUUGGAGGAAAAAAGAAUAAAUAGACGGCAAAUACUGUGUAAUAAAUUACCUCCAACAAAUAGCAGUGGCGAUCGAAAGUGAACGACUUGACACCGAAAAACAGUCGAUAAUUUGUCCAUCCUGUCGAAGUGUACCGGUAACAUCCGAAAGAUCACGAUCGCCGACGCCGGAUAAGAGACUCGGACGAUAUCGGAGAAUACCAAACUGAAUUCCGAGCAUUAUCCGAAGAUUUCUAUCGUUACGGACGGACGGACGGACUUACACGCUGGAUAGCAUAGUAUCAACGACUUCACAGAAGCCCGUAGAUACAAUAGAGAAGAACACAAUUUUGUUGUUGAAGCGAAUACUUCUUCCACAGCGGAAACCUCUUCUGAGGUGAAAAUCAGCUUCUCGUUCCAAACAUGGAAUGUCACCAUCAUCACUCGGGGAAUUGUACUCAAAUAUUCCAUCUUCCUCUUCGUCUUGUUUUCCGCUGUUUUCUUGCUGCUCCUCGAAGUCAGAGCGUUCGAGGCUCAACGGUUCGCUGGGCUGAAUUAGUCUCUGAUAGAGGUACGACGGGGGAAUUCUACCUCUUGCCACCGUUGUUUAUGCCCAGUCCCUCAUCUUCUGUAUGCUCUAUGGUGCUAUCGAUACUGGUAGUAUAACGGUUGACUGUUGCUGGUAUCGCCGACAGGAUCAUGGAACAUUCGGGUACAGGAUACCAAGAAUUUGGAUUUGUAAAAUGGUAUACCGCCCAAUGGGUUGUCCUCUUUAAGCUUUCUUUGGUUGCAUUUCCAAAGUUUCUUGGGUAAUCUAGCACCGUGAAAAGUUUAUCUUUGUGAUGCACAACCGAGUAAAUAUUCUUCACAUCUGGUGUCAUUCAACUCAGCACGUUCAGAGCGUCAUAUCGGUAUAAUUCUGAGGCUUGCUGGGGGUUUUCAAGGCCGUUAUGCAUUUCAAUUGACGCAGCAGUCUUAGAUGCCACUUUACCUUGUGAGCCAUUGAGGGUUUUUGGUAAAUUGGCAACUUCGCUUCUAAUAUAAUUGUCAUUCCCGCGCAAUAACUAAGGAGUGUCGCUGAACAGCUCGACUGCCUCUUAGAUGCUAGAUAGCCUCCACGCCUAGUGCUUUUCAUGGACUGAGAAGAUCGGUUUCUUCAUAAAUUCUCGACGUCGGACAUUCUAGUUCUCAGUUCGUUUAGUGAUUAUUUCCCGAAUCCCACUCCUCAAAAUCGCCGAUUCCCGUGUCGCGUUCAUGAUAGUAAUCCUGCAUCUCGCUUCACUCUUACUUUCAAUUCCCGGAUCCCGGCCUUUAAACAAGCUCAAUCCCGGAUCACGAAAAACCUAUUCGGGACCCUCUCAUUAUGGGGUGUAACUAGAGAAUUCGAAAACUCUUCUUCCUCACAAGAUUAAAGGAAUGUUCGGUCGUGUUACGUAGCUCAUUUAUACCUCGUUGAUACCAAAAGAUGAGCUGUCUGGUUACAGUCUGUUAAAAAGCAAUACAAUCAUCACUCAAACUAUCAUCGAUUAUUUGGUGUUCCAGCCGCUGUCCCAGGUACCUUGUUGUUGCUGGUUAGCACCUCGAUUAGAACAGUCUCUAAUGUUAGCCAGACUCGACUGAAUACGAGCACUUUUGUGUCUUGUAUUUCUAUUUUAAACAAGUACCUGUCCAUUUAUUGAUUCCGUAAUCUGUCUGCCUUGUUAUGGAAGUCAGAUAAGUGCACCAUUCACAAAUUUAUAUAUUCUGAUCUAACAAUUUCAAGAGAGUAUCGAUGUUCAAUAAGUAAUGCUUUCUCUCGAAGAUUGAUAUUUUCUUUCAAUAACACAUUUACAUUCAACUUUAUACAUGCUUAAUGUUUGAAACAAAAAUAUUUUCACUCAACUCCAAAAAUAUAUGUUCAAAUUUAACCUUGUUCAGUUUGAUUUUAAUAAAGUUCGGAUAUAACGUGUGCUUUCAUUGGUUGAAAAAGCGUCUUCCAUAAGAGUACCAAGCACGGAGCGGAACUAUAAGUGUUCUCCCAUCAACCGUUCAAGAGGGUUCCAUAAAGGCGACUAGCAAUUAAAAAUUCUCCUUCCGUAUAGAUAACAAAAUGAUUUCUAGUGCAGUUUGGUGUAAGAGCACGAGUUGAUUUUUCAAAGACAAAAAAAUUGCACGAGCCCCUUCUUCUCUUGACGGCCUCCGGCCAAAAGUAAUUUCGUAAAAAACGUUUAAAACGGUUCAAGAAGGGGAAAAAAAAUGGCACAAAUGCAUCGAUUAACAUUUCAAUUAACUUCAUUGAGAUAUUAAUACCGAGAUGCAAUUUAGAUAUGCAAUUUUCAGGGCUUUAUUCAUAACCCUCAUAGACUUUGUUCGUCAUGUCAACAAUAAUUAACCACGAAUACACGGUGUGGUCUGCCUGUGGUGUUACAACUUUGCACUCGUGUUACAUAACAAAUGCAAUUGUUUUCAGCCAAUCAGACGCGCGUUAUUUUUCACGUAUAUCAUUAUUCUAGUAUUAGUGUGGGUGUGUUACCAACUAGAAAUUCCUUUGUCAAUUGCUCACUGAUGAAACAUACUUACCUUUCGCUGACCCAAUAUAUCAGUUAAGCUUGCCAGCGUUCACCCAAAAAUACAAGAGAAAACCUAGCAGUUACAGAGAGGUGUCAGAGCAGCGUAGCUUUAGUUUAUUUAAUUUUAUACAAUUUUAUCGGUAAGCUGUUGAAAGCAUUGAUUCAGUUUGUUGUUACGGUGUAAUCUAACCGACAGAAAAACACUUCAAUCCCUCAAACUCAACUACAUUUUUAAACAGGGAGAAAUGUUCUUAGGAAGGAGCAACUCCUAAAAGCUGCACAAUACUUAUCGCUAAUGAACUUAAUAUGCCCACCAAAGUCUAUAUCUCAGCUCUCCACUGACACAAUCUCACUGCUGUCUCCAAAGUUCUUUGAAAUAAGCGGCCAUCCGCAGUGAUUCUCUCUCUCGGUAUAGCUUUCUAAACAUUCGUCGCUCCGACAACAACAACAACUACUCCUACUACUACAUAAGUGAGUCUAUAUAUAUAUAUAUAUAUAUAUAUAUAUUUACAAAGUGUUCUGGAACAUUCCAACAGCUAACAUACGAACUAUUUUAGAAGCAUUACAUAAUAAAUACGUGACUUAAUGAAAUGUUUCGGAAAGUUCUAUGUUAUGCAACUCAGUCAGCAUGAGUCAGCAGUCAAGAAAUCUCUGGAAGUUUUACAUUUACAAUAAUUAAUCAUAACAUCGUAAUCUGAUGAUAAAUAAACAAGGCAGUUAACUACGUGCAUUUCAAUCUAAAGAAGCUGUCCAGUUCAUAGUAAAAGAAAACAUUUACUCAAUUACAUCCAGAAUGCGGUAAAACGGCGACAACCUAACUAAUCGAUUUAUUUAUUUGACAGAGGUAAUUUUGUGUGAUGUACUCUAUGAGAGGAAGAAACCGGGAAAGAAAAAAAUAAAAGGCUCGCAAAGAGAGUACAGGCAUAGGACUUAUUAUGCGGAAAGGCGCAAUUUAGUGGUUCAAUAACGAGGCCUUUUUUAUUUUCAUGUGUGUUAAUAAUCAGUCUCUUGUAAGAGAGCUAGUACAUGCUAUAUAUAUACACCUGUUUUCAGAAGCGUUGCAAUUCAAAGAAAAAAUGAAAUAUAUACACCUUUUGUUUUCUCAUCAAAAAGGGUUUCUUUUUGAUGAGAAAAUAAAAGGUAUAUAUAUUUCAUGUAUUUUUCCCUUUGCAACGUGUCUGUAUAUAUUUAUCAUAUAAACUAUGGUGUUAUACAAGGAUUUCCAGCCCUGACAAAAGCCGCGUGUUCGAUAUUGUCAAUUAACUACUGACACGUCACUCGCCUUUGGCGCCACUCGGUCAGGUUAAUAAAUGAACGGCAAAGCCUUGACUAUUCUCAAUCCAGGGUCGUUUGUCUGAAUCUUUUCGGAUAAUGGCUGCUAAAACACUGAAAAUCUGUAUCGCUUACAGACAGUGACGUUCAACUUUCCUAGUCGGGGAAGAAAACCAAAAUACCAAAAGAAAAAACCAAAAGUUCUGUAUUCAGUGGCUUUGGUAACGGCAUUUCUCGCGGCUGAGAAUGAAAAUCGACAACUGGAAGAUUUGCCACAGGCCGAUUUUGGCCGUUUACCUGAACAACUACUCCUUUUGUCAAAGAUUUCUUCUGUCGGUAAAGACCAAGUCAAUAACUGAGAAUUUUUAUCUUGGAAAUUACGCCAAUUGUUUGUUUUUAUAGUGUUUCAAUACAUUUUUUAUCUUGAGUCUUCGCGCCAACGCACUUUACGAUUUUUAUUUGGGGAUUGUCGACCCUUUUAUUUUCCUUCAUUAAUUAACUUAACUCUUCCUGUUAUUAAAGAGGUAUUGUGUUUAUGUGAUAAACGAAAUAAUAUAUGGUUAGUUGUAGAUAUGAUAUUUCCCCUAUCGUGUUCAAUUUGACAUCUCACUCGUGAGCAAUCGAGUCAACCACUCGAAGGUAAUUUCCAUAUCUACGCGCGCCCAUGUAUUAUUCUCUCUAUAUAUAUUAUAGCACUAAACUCUUGCAGCUGAAUUAAUGGUCAUCAAUGUCUUUAUGGCUUCCCACAUUUGUCAAUUUUCUUGUCAUAUUUACAAUUUUAGGACUAGUAUUUACGACAUGGCAGAAAAAGCCCUACGAUCAACAAGUCCUAAAGCAAAUUUUCAUCGCCUGACACGGCUGCUGAUGCGUGGAGGUGUGCAGCUUUUGCGAGAGACAUUAGACACCAUUCACUCACCAGCUGAUCUCCCUUUGAGACUCGCUGAUCCUGUCAUACAGGCACAGCUGAGAGGAGCACGACUUACCCGACCAGAGAGGGAUUGUCUGUACCCAUCCCCAGGGGUGUAUGGCAAGUCCAACGAUUUUGACAUCACAUUAAUCUUCAAGUUAUUCAGAACAAUUUGCGGCCUGACCCCUCCCCCUGGACCGGGAAGAUGGGAUGAUUUACCAAACGGCUCAGACCACACUCGGGUGGCAGAUUUAGUACGAAUAAAAUAUUAUCGAAAUGAGAUUUAUGGUCACCGUCCCACUAUGGAAAUAUCUGACGGCGAUUUUAUUCGUCUUUGGAGGGAAAUUAGUGAGGCUUUGUUAAGAAUUGCGAACAACAUUAGUCCUACAAAGAGAGAGGAGUGGGAAAAGUCUAUUCAUGAUCUUCUUCGUAAUCCUUUGACGCCAGAUGAGGAAAGAUGCAUUGAAGAGCUAGAGACCUGGUAUAAGCAAGAUAUGGAUGUUAAAAGUAAAUUGGUGGAUGUUAAAGAUGAAUUGGUGGAUGUUAAAGAUGAAGUGGUAAAGCUGAAAGAGGAGCUGAGAGAGGGGCUGAGAGAGGAGCUGAGAGAGGGGCUGAAAGAGGAGCUGAGAGAGGGGCUGAAAGAGGAGCUGAGAGAGGGGCUGAGAGAGGAGCUGAGGCCUCUAAAAGCUGCGCUCGUAGGUCAGUAAAAGGGUAAAUUUAAGUCCCCAUCAGACAAAAAUAAGAAAACCUUAUCUUCAGUUCCCUUUAAUGUUAAUCCAAUGUUGCCAUUUUUCCCGAAGAUCCUCAUUUAAUUACUUUGACUUUGCAUAUUUGCUUUAAAAAUAAAUUUACAAAACACCAAUAGUGCUCUUUUUUUAGUUCAAAUGCAGGUUAAUAUUUCUCUUGUUUUUCUAUCAGUCAUACAGAUGGACGUAGCUGGAUAUCAUCAAGCCGCUGGGUCCGAACCGAUGUUCCUUGUACCUAAUCCAUUAUUACCUGAGCCGGAACAAGCAGCGAGAGCUGAUGACCCUGAACCAAAUAAUCCACCAGAAAUAAAUUUUUGGAACGUAAUUUUAUCAUUUAAAGAAUCAGCUGAUUUAUUACUACGGUACUUAAAGUGUAAACUUCAUCUUCGAGUGCGUAACAGCGAGGUGGGGAGCUGGCACAUUACAGUUGAAUGCAGUUCACUGCAAGUCCUUGAAGGAUUGUGGGAAGAUUAUCGCAGUGGUCAUCUUAAUUCAGUCGCCCAGGAAAUGCUAAUAACGCCACAAGUUUUAGAGAAACUUGGUCUUACUGAGCUCAAGCUGAAGACCUUUAUUUCGGAGGAUCAGUAUGAGAAAGAGAAAAAGCUGUUACAGGCGAGCUCAGGUGAUUAUUGCGAGUUUACCAACAUUUAAGUCUAAGCGAUUUUUACAGUUUUUAGUGAUUCGUCACAAUAAGGCACACUUUACCAAAAAAGGAAACGUGGACAAUGAAAUGCAAAUAAUUAAGCUCAGUUAUGUAUUUUUCACUAUCUAGAGCCAGCCAAGGGUCUUGAUGGUCUUUGAUUAGCUGCAGUAAUUAAUGAGUGUAGUGAACUUUGGGUGAAAUAAGAAAAUAAAGGCAGGUGAAGAAUUAGACCCGAAACUGAAUCCAACCAAAAAAAUAGUUUUGACUACUUUUCCAUGUGAAUUGUUUGACUUAUUUUCCCAUUUCUUUAAUUAUCAAAAGGAGCGGAAGACAAGAGCGAAAUUCAUAGCGCCUUGCAAGCUACAAUCACAAAGGCUAUUUCUGAGGGAUUUAUCGAGCCAGCUAACGUAACGUUAUUUAACAUGAUGCCCUGUAUCCAGUCAGCUCAAAGAUGGUUAAAUUCUUACGAGGCAAUAAUUUUGUGGAUUUGCAUGGCACCGAUGCUCAGGCCUCAAGAGAGAGCAGCUAGAGCCCUUCAUUGUUUAGAUACUCUCCGCAUUACGUUAUAAUUUAUGUAUAGUCUGGGAGAUGUUAAUUUACAGCAAUCAUAACAAUCUUUUUGAAACGCAAUUCUGGCUCUGGGCGGUCACUCGAGCAAAUAAACCUACAUUUCAUAGCUUUUUAUAUGAGGUGAUUGUUCUAGGAAGCCAAAAAAAUGUGAAAAACUUUCGAGAGUUUUUGUAGGAAUGGAAAAUUUCAAAUUAAAAAACUGAGCUACUAUUCCAAAAUUAAACCAAAAUAGUGUUGUCGUUGUCACUUACCGCCAUCAAACAUUUCCAUGCAGAGCCCUGUGGCGUGAUCCGAGUACCUUUUUUAAGAAUUAUUUAUGGGCGUCGUUCAUACUGUCUGCUACAUAACAAUUUCAGGAUAUUCUGCAGAUCAGAUUUCUGAAGCUACUAAUAAAGAACGGUUGGAGUUUGCUCAACAGAUAAUUUGCAUAAUUCUGCUGUCAGGCUAGCAAAAUCACCAAAAGUUUGAAGUCACUACGGCAAAGGAAAUUAAUGAGUGCCAGAUGUUUCUACAUUUCUAUGCUUUCGAACAUCUCAUUAGAGGAAAUCAACCGGAGUUUUUAAUGGUCCGGUCUGGACUUGAGAAAUAUCACCCAAGAAAGAAAGUGCACUUUUGACCAACUUCAGAAAGCUGUCUAACUUUCCAGAAACUAAUGUGGUUCUAUAUACUAACUACCAAAGAUAGUUUAAUGAGCAAAGUUUGAAAUAAAACGUUUUUCAGAUG